AUGGGACAGGAUGCUUUCAUGGAGCCCUCUAGCCAGCUUAUUUUGUGACUUAAAGUGCCAAGUGUAUUUUCUGCUUGUAGGUAUUUGUUCUGCCUUGAAGCUGACAGUACCAUCUCAUACUAUCCAUGGUAUCGAGGGGCAACCACUCCAGCUCACUGUUGACUACAAUUUCAGCACUACAGCUUGUGAAAUCCAGAUAAUUUGGCUGUUUGAGAAGCCUCGGAGUAAUCCAAAAUACCUGCUUGGCUCUGUAAACCAAACAGUAGUACCAGACUUGGAAUAUCAGCACAAGUUUACCCUCAUACCACCUAAUGCAUCUUUGAUGAUCAAUCCAUUACGUAUCAGUGACGAAGGCAAUUAUAUUGUAAAAGUCAAUGUUCGUGGGAAUGGGACAGUAGCUGCCAGUGAAAAAAUUCAUGUAGCUGUUGAUGUACCUGUCACACAGCCAAUUGUGCACACUGAGCCAUCUUCAGGGGUAGUGGAGUACGUGGGGAAUAUUACGUUAAAAUGUACCGUGGGAAAAGGCACAAGGGUAGUUUACCAGUGGAUGAAAAAUGGAAAGCCUCUCCAUGCUGGCCCUAAUUAUACUUUUUCAUCAAACAAUGCUACGCUUCUAAUUGUUCCUGUUGCAAAAGAAGACGUUGGGAACUACAGCUGUUUGGUGUCCAACCCUGUCAGUGCAAUGGAAAGUGAGAGAAUUGCACCAACGAUAUAUUAUGGACCUUAUGGACUCCGAGUCAAAUCAGACAAAGGUCUGAAGGUAGGAGCGGUGUUUACCGUCAGCGUAGGGGAAGCCGUACUGUUCGACUGCUCAGCUGAUUCAAACCCACCAAACACUUACUCGUGGAUUCAAAGGGCUGACAAUACCACUCAUGUAAUCCAAUAUGGACCCCACCUGGAAGUUAUGUCUGAUACGGUGGCUCAGAAGACAAGAGAUUACAUGUGCCGCGCUUUCAACAACAUGACUGGAAAACGUGAUGAGACUCACUUCACAGUGAUCAUUACCUCUGCAGGACUGGAAAAAUUGGCUCAGAAAGGAAAAUCUUUGUCAUCUCUUGCAGUAAUAACUGGAAUUUCAUUAUUUUUGAUCCUAGUUAUGAGCUUUCUAUUCAUAUGGAAAAGAUAUAAGCCACUUAAAGUGAUACAACAGAAGCUGCAGAGAAGGCCAGAGGCUGACUACAGAAAGGCACAGACAUUUUCAGGACAUGAAAGUGCUUUGGAUGAUUUUGGGAUAUAUGAAUUUGUGGCUAUUCCUGAUCAUGGCAGCAGUUCCAGGGUUUCAAGUCAGCCUGUUCACAGCUCUGACAUUGCGCCAGGCCAGGACGUACUUAGUACAGUUUAUGAAGUCAUUCAGCAUAUUCCCAAUCCGCAGCAGCAGGACCAUCAACAGUAA